AUGAAGGUAGAAUAGCAUUCUGAUUGCUAUAUAUCCCCAAACUCCUCAUCUUCAUAAGAAAGAGCUCCAAAGAAAAAGAAGGAAGUUCCUUUGUAGGAAAGAAUUAUGCACAUGAAAAAGCUUAAUGUAUUUCCUCUUGUCAAAGUAUCUCAUCUUUACUAUCACUAAUUGCUAAAACUAGCAAGGUUAUAAAGGCUAUCAUCUCAGCAGUUGUAGGACAUUAAUUAGUCUAUUCAAAAUUUAUUUGAAAAUAACUAAUAGCCUAAGAAUACUGCUACAAAGACUUAGCUCUAGCUAUGUAUUAUGAGCAUUUUGAAUCCUCAAACAAUCUUAGACAAAUUUAAUGAUUAUAGUGAUCCCAAAAGAAAAAAAGACGAUAAUUGGUAAGAAAUUUGUCAAACAAUAGGCUUAUUAUUCAAAAAAGUGAAUUCGCAAGAAGUGAAAACAUGCGUGUAAUUAAAGUUGCUUCUCUCACUUUAAAUCAUGGGACUGUACAUCUUGGGUGUAGAAGAUGCUAUUUCGUUUAAAUUAAAUGCCAAUAUUUCAUAAAAGUCUUACAAAAAUGAUAUAUUCCUUGAUAAUAUACUAAAUGAUUAAGAAAAAUAUACUCAUCUCAAUUAAAAAAUAUAUGCAAUACAAUAAGAAUUUUAAAAUAGCAAAUAACAACUUUUAGAAAAAAUGCGCUAAAAUAUCAAACAACUAACUAAUGAAGAAAAUAAGUAAAUCAAUGACUUUAUGGAAUCUAUUUUCUUUUAAAUUUGA